AUGCCAAACGGCGUCAAGAACCUGAACAGAGGUGCACGGUACACACAGACACUAGAAACAGGCGUUAUCCUCUCACGCUCCGCAAAAACCAAGCCUAUACAAGGGAUGGGCAAUACGGAACACAUUGCUACGGACACACAAGAAGGGGUAAGGCACACACACGGCAGGCCUAUAGACCUAAAUAGUAAGCAACCCCGAAAUCCUGAAAAGGCUACCACUGCAGGUAUGGGUAUGGGCCAUUCGCAUUAG